AUGGUGCUGCUGCUGCUGGUGGCCAUUCCUCUGCUGGUGCACAGCUCCCGCGGGCCGGCGCACUAUGAGAUGCUGGGUCGCUGCCGCAUGGUAUGCGACCCACACGGGCCGCGAGGCCCUGGACCCGACGGCGCGCCCGCCUCCGCGCCUCCCUUCCCUCCGGGCGCCAAGGGAGAGGUGGGCCGGCGCGGGAAGGCAGGUCUGCGAGGGCCCCCGGGACCCCCAGGUCCCAGAGGGCCCCCAGGAGAGCCGGGCAGGCCAGGUCCUCCGGGUCCUCCCGGCCCAGGCCCUGGCGGGGUGGCGCCCCCUGCCGGCUACGUGCCUCGCAUUGCCUUCUACGCGGGUCUGCGGCGGCCACACGAAGGUUACGAGGUGUUGCGCUUCGACGACGUGGUGACCAAUGUGGGGAACGCUUACGAGGCGGCCAGCGGCAAGUUCACCUGCCCCAUGCCAGGUGUCUACUUCUUCGCUUACCAUGUGCUCAUGCGCGGCGGUGACGGCACCAGCAUGUGGGCCGACCUGAUGAAGAAUGGACAGGUCCGGGCCAGCGCCAUUGCUCAGGACGCGGACCAGAACUACGACUACGCCAGCAACAGCGUCAUCCUGCACCUGGAUGUGGGCGACGAAGUCUUCAUCAAGCUGGACGGCGGGAAGGUGCACGGCGGUAACACCAACAAGUACAGCACCUUCUCCGGCUUCAUCAUCUACCCAGACUGAGCAGGGAGGGCCCCACCCCCCGCACCCCGCUCGCCCUUCGCCUCCGCUCCCCUCGUCACCCACCUUCGGCCGACCCCACCCAAGGCACCACCCCAUCCUUUGAGAGCCUGGCGGCGGGGCGGACCUCCAGCUCCCGAGGUGGCCUUGCUGGGUGGACUCUCCACGCUCCGGGGUGGAAGUGGCUGGGGAGAGGAGGAGGCCGGGCUGAGCAGGAGCCGAGCGGCUGGGGAAGCCCCCCCUCACCCCCCGGGGUCGGAGUGCGCG